GUACUCAUCAUUCAAGACAACUUUAUCAUCUAACACUCGAGUGACAAUGCCAAACUUUAUAUGAUAAAAUUGUUCCAAGUAAACAUUGAUACAUGCUGCUCCCUACAGUGUGUUCACCGUGAUCUUGCUGCAAGAAACAUUUUACUUGGGGAGAACUUGGUGGCCAAGGUUUCUGAUUUUGGACUGUCCAGGGACAUCUAUGAAAGUAAAGAGUACGUGAAGACUGCAAAGAGCAAGCUGCCGUUGCGGUGGAUGGCCUAUGAGUCACUUUUCUACAACGUGUACACAACUCAGAGUGACGUCUGGUCGUUUGGCGUUCUUCUUUGGGAGAUUAUGACUAUGGGGCAUCUGCCAUACGAAGGGAUGACGGGUAAACGGAUGAUGGAUAUGAUCAAAGAUGGCGGCCGGCUGGGGAAGCCAUUGCACUGUCCUGACGAGCUCUUCGCCUUGAUGGAAGACUGCUGGAAAACUCUGCCAGAAGACAGGCCAACAUUCCCUCAGCUGAAAACCAACCUGGACAAGAUUAUUCAUGCACAAAAGACGUACGCUUCACUCCUUCAUGAAUAG